UGUUUGAACCUCUGCGCUUGGGAGAUCCAGUGUCUGAGGAACACCAAGGGAGAGACCCGUCUCCCAUCUGUGAACGGGCAUCCAAGCUCCAAGGCCUGAUGGAGUCUGAGAACUCAGUUGCCAACCAGUAGCAGGAGAACUGGGAUGUUUAUGUGGAAGUGUCUCAUUCUUUGGGCUGUGCUGGUCACAGCCACGCUGUCUACCGCAAGACCAGCACAAACCCUGCCAGAGCAAGUUCUGCCCAAAGCCAGCAUUGAAGUGGAACCUUACCCAGCCCACCCUGGCGACCUCCUCCAGUUGCGCUGCCGGCUCCGGGAUGAUGUUCAGAGCAUCAACUGGGUGCGAGAUGGUGUCCAGCUGUCCGAGAACAACCGGACGCUCAUCAAAGGGGAGGAGGUGGAGGUCAGGGACGCUGUGCCUGAGGACUCAGGGCUUUAUGCCUGCGUGACCAACAGCCCCUCGGGAAGCGAGACCACCUAUUUCUCCGUGAACAUCUCAGAUGCUCUCCCAUCUGCUGAAGAUGACGACGAUGACGAUGAUUCCUCCUCGGAGGAGAAGGAGGCAGACAACUCCAAACCAAACCAAGCCAUUCCGCCUUACUGGACCUACCCAGAGAAGAUGGAAAAAAAGCUCCACGCGGUUCCUGCUGCCAAGACUGUAAAGUUUAGGUGCCCGUCCAGCGGAACGCCCACCCCUACAUUGCGCUGGCUGAAGAACGGCAGGGAGUUCAAACCUGACCAUCGUAUCGGUGGAUACAAGGUUCGUCAUGCGACUUGGAGCAUCAUCAUGGAUUCGGUCGUGCCGUCUGAUAAAGGCAACUACACCUGCAUUGUGGAGAACAAAUACGGAACGAUCAACCACACGUACCAGCUUGAUGUCGUUGAGAGAUCUCCACACCGCCCUAUCCUACAGGCCGGGCUGCCAGCAAACAAGACCGUUUCCUUGGGUAGCAACGUGGAAUUUGUUUGCAAGGUCUACAGUGAUCCUCAGCCGCAUAUCCAGUGGCUAAAGCACAUUGAGGUCAAUGGGAGCAAGAUUGGGCCGAAUAACUUGCCGUAUGUGCAGGUCUUGAAGCACUCGGGAAUUAAUAGCUCCGAUGCGGAGGUGCUGACCCUGUAUAAUGUCACAGAGGCGGAGAGCGGGGAGUAUGUUUGUAAGGUUUCCAAUUAUAUUGGUGAGGCUAACCAGUCUGCGUGGCUGACGGUCACCAGACCCGUGGCUGAAGCCAUCGAAGACAAACCAGCCAUGAUGACUUCCCCUCUUUACUUGGAGAUCAUCAUUUACUGCACGGGGGGUUUCCUCAUCUCUUGCAUGGUCGUGACCGUCAUCAUAUACAAGAUGAAGAGCACGACGAAGAAGACAGACUUCAACAGCCAGCUGGCGGUGCAUAAGCUGGCCAAAAGCAUCCCCUUGCGCAGACAGGUAACAGUGUCGGCCGACUCCAGCUCCUCCAUGAACUCGGGCGUGAUGCUCAUGCGUCCCUCCCGGCUAUCUUCCAGCGGGACCCCGAUGCUGGCGGGGGUCUCCGAGUACGAAUUGCCCGAAGACCCCCGCUGGGAGCUGCCCAGGGACAGGCUGAUUCUAGGCAAACCCUUGGGGGAAGGCUGCUUCGGACAGGUGGUCCUUGCUGAAGCCAUCGGGCUCGACAAAGACAAGCCGAACCGAGUAACUAAAGUGGCCGUGAAAAUGCUCAAGUCUGAUGCCACAGAGAAGGAUCUAUCUGAUCUGAUCUCUGAAAUGGAGAUGAUGAAGAUGAUCGGCAAGCACAAGAACAUUAUCAACCUCCUUGGAGCUUGUACUCAAGACGGUCCACUCUAUGUGAUAGUGGAAUAUGCUUCCAAAGGGAACCUGAGGGAAUAUCUACAGGCUCGGCGGCCCCCAGGCAUGGAAUACUGCUACAAUCCCACCCACCUCCCCGAGGAGCAGCUCUCCUUCAAAGACCUGGUGUCCUGCGCGUAUCAAGUUGCCAGGGGCAUGGAAUACCUUGCCUCCAAAAAGUGUAUCCACCGCGAUUUGGCUGCCAGGAAUGUUCUGGUGACUGAUGACAACGUGAUGAAGAUCGCCGAUUUUGGCCUGGCUCGAGAUAUCCAUCACAUAGAUUAUUACAAGAAGACAACAAAUGGUCGCUUGCCGGUCAAGUGGAUGGCCCCCGAGGCUCUGUUCGACAGGAUAUACACCCAUCAGAGCGAUGUAUGGUCCUUCGGUGUUCUGCUGUGGGAGAUCUUCACUUUGGGUGGAUCGCCGUACCCGGGAGUCCCCGUGGAAGAGCUUUUCAAGCUGCUGAAAGAGGGGCAUCGGAUGGACAAGCCCAGCAAUUGCACCAACGAACUAUACAUGAUGAUGCGAGACUGCUGGCACGCCGUCCCCUCCCAGAGACCCACAUUUAAACAACUGGUAGAAGACCUAGAUAGAAUCUUGGCCAUGACCUCUAACCAGGAAUACCUGGAUCUCUCCAUUCCACUGGACCAGUAUUCUCCCAGUUUUCCAGACACCCGCAGCUCGACCUGUUCUUCAGGAGAGGACUCUGUGUUUUCCCACGACCCCCUUCCCGACGAACUUUGCCUUCCGAAGCACCUGCCUCAGCUUGCCAACGGCGGACUGAAACGCCGCUGAUGCUGCCCCUUCUGCGGGACUUUUGUGAGCCCUUUGUGCAUACAAGUGUGGGGUGUAUGUGUCCAUGAAUGAAAUGAAUGUGCGUGCAUAGGGAUGCGCACUUCCCUUCCAGCUGGACUGGUGGUGGAGCGCCAGUAUUGACGGGCUGCAGAGAUGCCAGUCUGAGUAACCAAACUCGCCAACCGCCACCCUUCUCUCCACUGCUUGCCAUUCUUGCAAGCCCUCCACCUCCAGAAGACGGGUUUGUAAGGCCAACCGCACAUCGAAUUCAAUAACUUCCCGAGGAUUAAGGUUAAGCUGUUCUGUUCCCCCUUCCCACUGCCUCUCCUCUUUUCCUUUUGGCCCGUGUGACCCUCGACAAAAUAAGAAAACCGGAGGCUGGUUCCUAGACAGCAACACCCAGUCACGUCCCCAGGAAGGAUCCUGAAAAGAACAACAUUCCUAUGAACAGGGAAAGCUUUUCCCCCUUCUCUUGUCUUACUUGCACCAGAAGGAAGCCGACCUGUGAGAACUCAAUAAGCUAAAACAGCAGAGCCGAGGUGUAACGCCUGCAGCACCUGGACGUUCCAUAUCCACCUGCAGAGUGGAAUGUCUUAAUCCAGGUGUGCAGUCACGUCGGUUGUUCUUGGUGUGCGGUCCCAAUCCCCGAACCCACGCUGUGACAGCUUCCUCAUUCCAGUACUCUUACAGCACAGUCCUAGGCAUCUCCGCUCGGGAGUAAACCCCUCUGUUUUCAGACAGGUGGGGGCUUACUCCUGGGGAAGGUGCCUAGGAUUGUGGCCUUAAUUCAUGCUUUCCUGACCAAAACCCAGCAACCACCGGGUACGGCAACCCCUCUUCAGAGCACCGACGCGAAAGGAGGGCAGCCCGAGGACAUCCAUGCUCCGGAGAUCAAACUAAAAAAAAAAAAAUCUCAUGUACAUAGCUGCAAAAUGUAUAAAUAUUAAUUAUAUAUUUACAUGUCUUUUUUUAAAAAAAAAAUUUGGUUGUUACCAGAGAUAAUAUCACUUGGGUAGUCAGUUUCUAGUGGCUGGUAGGUAUCAGUUGCUAUAUAAAAAAAGAAAAUCCCCAACAAAUCAUAUAUUUUGCUACUUUUGCUGUUUUUUGUUUUUGUUUUUAAAUUAUGUUCUAAAACUUAUUUCGGUUUAGGUACGUCAAUAAAAAUUGCUGCUGCUUCCGUUUUCCAUGGGGCUAUAUUAAA